CUGUUAAUGAAUUGGAGGUCACUUCCACAAUGGGGAAACUGAACGUUCCCAUUCUCUCUGCAAUGUGCACAGCAGAUGGCCAGUUCAUUGUAGCAAUCACCAGGAACCUGACCCGUCCUACCCUCAACCUGUCCUCUCUGUCCGUGAAAGAUGGACAUGAAGCUGAGUGCAGGCCUAAGCUCAUCACAGCUGAACUUGUAGCCUUCCGUUUCCCAAUUACCUCUUGUGGCUCGACCCAGCGGGAGGAGAAUGGGAGCUUUGUGUAUGAAACAGAUGUCUUGGGGAAGAGGAUGAUUCAGACGGGGCCACUGGGCUCAAUAACCCGGGACAGCACCUUCAGCCUGUACAUCCAGUGCAAGUACAAGGGGGAGCAUGAGGCAGGCUUACAAAUCAAUGUCUCAGUUUACACCCUGCCUCCACCACUAGCUGCUUCUGAAGAUGGGAUCCUGAGGCUGGAGCUGCGAAUAGCAACAGAUGGCAGCUACAGCUGGUGGUACAGGGACAGUGACUACCCCAUUCAGAGAAUCCUUCAGGAGUCAGUGUUUGUUGAGGUUCGUGUGAAGGAUCGCACUGACCCAAUGAUAGUCCUGAGAUUGCGUGACUGCUGGGCAACCCCUGUGCCAGCCCCUGACCAUGAGGUGCAGUGGAGUCUCCUGGUGGAUGGGUGUCCCUAUGAAGGUGAUGACUAUCUGACCCUCCUACACCCAGUAGGUGUCUCUUCUGGCCUGCAGUUCCCAACCCAUCACAAGCGGUUUGAAGUGAAGACAUUUGUUUUCUUGGAUGGAGUGUCUGAGCAGCCCCUCUCUGGACAGGUUUACUUGCACUGCAGUGCUGAGGUUUGCUCUCCCUCUGCUCAGGAUGACUGUACACCCAGAUGUGGUCCAAGGACACGCAGGAGUGCUCUCCUCCAUGAGGGGACCUUGGUAAGUGCUCCUGGUCCAGUUCUCCUGGAAGUUGAGAACAGCCAGUCUAAGCAGCUGCUUAAUGAGAAUGGUGCUGCUGGAUCUCCUGUUUUGAUUGGAGUAGCUGUUGGAUUUCUGGUGUUCCUGUUGAUGCUGAUGGCUGCAGUGUACAGAAUGAAGAACCCAGCCCAGUCUGUCCCCAGUGUCAUGAGAUUGGCCUGUAGACCCUGAGUACAAAUAAACCAGUCAAA